CAUAUCGCAGUUCAUUCAUUCAUUGCGUCGUGGUCGUUGAUUAAGCCAAGUGGAUGUCGUGUACUUCUGCUUAGUAUUAAUUUUAUUAUCUUUUGUUCUAAAUUUACACGUAGUGCUUCGUGUGCAACAGUUAAAAAUGUAAUAAAACAAUAAUUAUUCAAGAAACCGCAGUGCUGACUGUGCAUUGAAACAAAAGCCUUUGCAUGUUCUUCAUUUCGUGACGUAACUGGAUUCUUUGGAAUAACUGUGGUUGGCUGUAAUAAAGGUCGUGUUCGACCGAGCAACGGUCGAUGCGGCAACUUUUCGUGUUCUCUGCGUGUCAACACUAGUGAGUAUGUGGGACGUGGAUUCUGAUUCACGGAGCGUGUCUUCGGACGGGCUUCGUCGUCGUCAAGGAUGGGAUCCCGAGGCCGAAAGCCUCGCUUCGCAGAUGGACGAGCUCGACGAAGUGCUCGCCGAAGAGGAGGAGGGAUGCCCCCUUCCAUCUACGCCCGAAGAUCAACAUCUACUUGACGCUGAAAUGGCGGAGGUGUUAAAAGCUGGCGUUUUAUCUGACGAGAUAGAUCUUGGUGCUUUAGCGCAUAACGCAGCCGAACAGGCCGAGGAGUUCGUUCGUAAAGUGUGGGAGGCGUCGUGGAACGUCUGUCAUUUCAGGCACUUGCCGCGAUGGCUUCAAGACAAUGAUUAUCUACAUAAAGGACAUAGACCUCCACUUCCUUCUUUUAGCGCGUGUUUUGCCUCCAUAUUCCGUAUUCACACUGAAACGGGCAAUAUUUGGACCCAUUUACUUGGUUGUGUGGCAUUCAUUGGAGUUGCAAUUUAUUUUUUGACUCGACCAUCCAUUGAAAUACAGAUGCAAGAGAAAAUGAUCUUUGGUGUCUUUUUUGUUGGCGCAAUAGUGUGUUUAGGAUUUUCGUUUGCUUAUCAUACCCUUUAUUGCCAUUCGGAGAUGGUUGGAAAAUUAUUCUCUAAAUUGGACUACUGCGGAAUAGCACUCCUAAUUAUGGGUUCAUUUGUUCCGUGGUUGUACUACAGUUUCUACUGCCACUACAGACCUAAAAUCAUAUAUUUAUCUGUAGUGGUUGUUUUAGGAAUUUUGUCUAUAAUAGUGUCCCUAUGGGACAGAUUUUCCGAACCGCGCCUACGACCUCUUCGAGCGGGAGUGUUUAUGGGUUUUGGACUGUCAGGAAUAGUGCCAGCGAUUCAUUAUGGUAUCACAGAAGGCUGGUUCAGUCAGGUCAGCAAGGCAUCUCUUGGCUGGCUGGUCUUGAUGGGUUUACUUUACAUUUUGGGUGCUAUGUUCUAUGCACUAAGAGUGCCUGAACGCUGGUUCCCAGGUAAAUGUGACAUUUGGUUCCAGUCACAUCAAAUAUUCCAUGUUCUAGUAAUUGUUGCAGCGUUUGUACAUUACCAUGGUAUCAGUGAACUUGCAUCUUACCGUGUCACAGUUGGGGAAUGCUCUAUGCCCCCAUCUUCUAUUGCAUUCUAGCCCCUUCUUCAUCAAAUGUGAUAGUAGAUCAUAGAUAAAUUUAAGUAGGUAACCAACCAUUCAUAGCUACAUCAUAUAUUUUUAAAAAUGUAAAUUUAAUGCAUUUUGUAAAUUUUUAACAACUUGAUUAAGAACAUUAAAAACCCUAUAGAGGCUGAUUGAUAUAAUAUGUGAAAGAUGUGAAGUAAAAGGGGAAGAAAAUAACUAUAUUUUUAUUUUUAAUUUAUUCAUCACUAUUAUAUCAUGUACCUGGCAAAAAAUGUGUUACUAAGCUCUCAUUUUUACACAACUUUCAUUAAAAUAAUCUUGUUAUAUAUUCUACAUUUCUAUUAAAAGUUUAUUUAUUUUAAUCUCAAUUCUUUCAACAUUAUAUUACUGCAUUUAAUAUGUAGACCAGUUGAGAGCAGUAUAUACAGAUGAUAAAAUCAAAAUUAAUUGUUCUUCCACAAAAAAAUGCAUGUACAAUACAUUUAAAAUUCUUCCAUGAUCAAGCUACACUAAAAAAUAUGUUACUAACAUGUUAAAUAUUAACUGUAAUGUUAUUAUGUUAUUAAUUACUUUCUUGAAACGUUUCUAUUACACAGUUUAUAUAUUCUGUCUCAUUUACAUACAAGCUUUGACAUAGCACCAUAGUUCAGUGUUGAUUGAUAGAUUAAUAUUUAAACUUAUUUUCCUAGAUAUGUUUUUGUUUUUGUAGGUAUAAUUUCUAUUUGAUGGUAUUUGUAAUUUUUUUUUAGUAAGUAGUUUAAUGAUUUCACAUUAACGGGUUUAGAUUAUGCACAGUAAUAUAUAAAGCCACUCACUUUGAUGAUACAUUCCAUGUCUUAUCUCAAAAUAUAAUCUGUUCUCAUAGUAGUUAAUUGUUGUAUCUUGAAAUACAUAUUAUCAUCACCAUCAAUCAUCAUAUUAUGUUCACAUUUUGAUAAUUGUUCUGAGGUCUGUAUUAGGAAUAAAUAGACAUGUAUUCCUAUUAAUUGAAAGUAUAUUCUAAAUUGUUAUAAGUGUUCAUAUGUGUAAAGAUUUUAUGGGAAAGAAAAUAAUAAAAAAAAGAUGUGAUUUUAAUAUAUCCUUCUAUCAAAACAUUUUGAAUAGAUGUCUGAAAGGAAUACUAAGAAAGGAGUACUUACAUAUGUAAAUUAAGUGAUUAAAACUGUACCUAUAAUGUUGGAAUAUAUUUAAGUAAAUAUAAUAAUAUUGUUGAUAUUGCAAUAUUCUAUUUUAAUGCAUAACUUCUUUUCUUUUAUUUGCAUUUUACUAAUCUUAAAUUUAAAACAGAUCCAGAUUUCUACAUAACUCAUUUUAAAAUAAUUUUACAGUGGUCAGUGUUAAUUUUUUCUUGUUAAAUGUUUUGAAAUAUAUUGCAAAAUCAAUGAUUAAUAAAUAAAUCUUAUAAACUGUAAAGUAAAAAUACUGUAAAGACAAUGUCUUCAAUUAUAAUAAAACUAUUGUAACAUUGAGUGUCUGGAGUAGGUAUAGCUUUCUUUAAAUUGACCAAUGAAAUUGGAAAUGGCCCUUCCUAAAUUUCAUUAUGGCAUAUCAAGAUUAAGUCAAGAUAUUUGACUGAUGUAGAAAGACAAUAUAAAUAUUUGAUUAUGUGUUAUUGUAAACAUUUUUUGCUUUGUCUGUUUCAAAUUGUUCAUUGUUUUAGAUAUUUUUUUAAUAGUAAAACUAUUUGAGAUGUAGGCACAAAAUUAGUUAGUAUUACAGUAUGGUUUUAGCACGUUAUAUUUAAUUAUUAUUUGUAGUUUUAACACUGUAUGAUUAGAAGUACUUACCUAUUUGGAUUUAAAAAUUGAAUUGUACAAGUGUUUACUUACUGCUUUCAUUGUUCUUGGUAAGAUUUGUUGAAUACCUUGUUUGGAUGGGAUUUGAUUAUGCAAUAAAUUAUAAGAAAAGUA